AUGGAUAUUAGUGAGUCGACUCAGAUGAAGGCGAUUCUAGGACCUGAAUCCGAGCCAUUUGAAACUUUCAUUUACGAUCACAUGGAGAGGUCAGGGGAGAAUCAUUCAAUAUUGAACAUGAUGAAGCUCAAGGAUCCUGACUCCCUUGCUCUUAAGCUUUCUGACUUUCUCAGUUCUUCUCAAAACUCUGAUUUCCGUGAAAAAUGUGCUAAAAUCCUUUAUGAUUUGCUUGUUGGUGAUGGUGAGGGGUGCAUUUGGAACAAUCUAAGUUCAUCAACUCAAUCCACCAUCAAGUGUAUCCUUGUUGUUCGUAUAAGGCUCGAAGAAUCAGAAUCCAUCAUCAAGCACUUAUGUUACAGCUUUUCGAACCUAUUUCUACCAUCUGAUAGCUGGCCUGAAUUGUUGCCUUUCCUACAGGAAUGUGUUAAUUCCAAUUCAAACAAGUUAAGAGACUCUUUUUUCUUAAUCUUCUCUGGAUUUUCUGAAGGCCUUUGCGAAACAUUAGUCCCUGAUAUAAUGAUCUCAUUCCCAGUUUUCCUAAAUACACUGAAUGAUGAUACCCUUGAUCCUCAAGUGAGGGUCGCGGUACUGACAACUGCGGUCAGAUUCAUUCUGUACCUCCCCAGUUCAAAUGAUACGGAGUUGUUUCAGAAUCUAUUGCCAGCUAUGCUGAGGGUGCUGACUGACGCAGUGAGAAAUGAUGCCGCACAAAACAUGCUGAAUCUUUUUAUUGAGUUGGCUAAGAAAGAGCCUAGGUUCUUCAGGAGGCAGCUUGUGGAUGUAGUGAGUGACAUGUUUGAGAUAGCUGAGGAUAAGAGUGUGAAAGAGAAGACAAAGCACUUGGCAGUUGAGUUCGUGUUAACUUUGGUUGAGGCGAAGAAAAAGGCUCCGGGGAUGAUGAAGAAGUUACCCUUGUUUAUAAACAAUUGCUUUGCAAUGAUUUUGAAGUUGUUACUGGAUAUUGAGGAUGAACCUAGCUGGUAUAGCACAGACACUGAACAUGAGUACGCAGGGGAAACACAGAACUUCGCUUUUGGUGAGAAGUGUUUAGAACGGUUCUCGGCUGCAUUAGGUGGAAAGAAUAUUGCCUCUAUUGCCAUGGAGCAGCUGGAGUCUUACUUUGACUCCCCGGAGUGGGAGAAGCGACAUGCAGCUCUCAGGGCAUUUUAUCAGAUAGCUGAAGGAAGCUCAAAGGUGAUGAUAAAGUAUUUGAAGAAAAUAGUGUAUGCAGUUUUGCAUUCUUGCCAAGAUCCUCAUCCUCGAGUCAGAUGGGCCGCUAUGGUUACAAUCGAACAGUUGUCGAACGACUUCUAUUGGGAGUGGCAAGAAAAAUACCAUAACCAAGUAGUUCCUGUAAUAGUUACAGCAAUGGAUGAUUUUCCUCGGGUGCAAAUAGCUGCAGCUUGUGCUCUUAUACAAUUCUUCGAUCCUGAAAUGCCAGAAACUUUGGUACCUUAUUUGGAUCAAAUACUCAACAAACUGCUUGUACUUCUACAGAAUGAUGAUCAAAUGGUUCAGAAAGCAGCAAUAGAGGCAUUGAUCGAUAUAGCUGAGUUUUCUAAUGAGCACUUCAAGAAUUUCUAUGAUUUUGUAAUGCCAGAUUUGAAAAGUAUCCUGAUAAAUGCAAAUGAUAAAUCUAAUUACAAGCUUCAAAGCAUCGCCUUGCAGUGCAUAAGCAACGUUGGGUUGGCUGUAGGCAAAGAGAAAUUAGAUGACUUAGAGAAGGUUAUGGAAGUGCUCAAGUCAUUACAAGAGUCUGAUACUAAUAUUCACAUUCUAAAGGCAUGCCACUCAAUUUGUAAGUGCAUCGGUAAGGAAUUUCUUCCUUACAUGAGUACUGUUAUGCCACCUUUGGUUGAAUAUGCUCAGCUUGAGAUAGAUAAAGACUUGGAUGAUGAAUGUUAUGAUAGUAUACAUGAAGUCAAGUUAGGAGAUGGAAGGAUACACAUCACAAGACGUGACCUCCUAGAUGGGAAAUCUACAGCCUGUAAUGUCCUUGUUUUAUUUGCUCAGACAUUGCACGAAGCCUUCUACCCAUGGAUUUCCCAGGCUGCUUCAAUAUUAAUUCCCCUUCGGAAUUUCUAUAUGGAUUAUUAUGUCAGGGAAACAAUGUCAUGCCUAUUGCAUUCUGCUAAACUUUUGGAAGAGAAAGGGACUGCUCAAGAUGGAAUCCAGUUAAACUUCAAGCAGUUGUCUGAAGAGAUAAUACUGGCUCUGGGGGAAGCUUUAUAUUCGGAGCCUGAGACAGAAACAUGUACAAUUAUUUUGAGUGAAUUGAAUAAAUGCCUAAAGGUUGUUUACAUAUUGAUAACAUUGAUCGAAACAUUCAAGGAUGCUUUCUUGCCCUUCCAUGAAGAGCUUUCAUCAGAUCUAAUGCCUAUGAGGGGAAAGGAUGAAACAACUGGAGAGAGAACACAACGUAUUCGUACAUUCAAUGCCUUCAUGGAGCAUUGUGAUGAAGUAGCUCAAAAGUACCAUAGUUUAUAUCUUCCUUUUCUCUUAGACGCAAGCAAUGACGACAAUCCAGAUGUUAGACAGGCUGCAUUUUGUGGACUUGGGCUUUGUGCUCAAUAUGGUGGUUAUGAUUUCAAACCUUUUAUUGGAGAGGCUCUUUCAAGGAUCAAUGCAGUCAUUAGGCAUUCCAAAGCUCUUGAACCUGACAACGUAACGGCAUAUGAUAGUGCUGUUUCUGCACUUGGUUGCAUAUGUCAAUUUCAUCUGGAAGAUAUUGACUCAGUGCAGAUUAUUCCGGCUUGGCUGAAUUGUCUUCCGAUAAAAGAUGACAUGAACAAAGCCAAAGCAGUUCUAGAGCAGCUCUGUUCAAUGGUUGAAAGAUCAGACAGAGAACUAAGGGGUCCCAACUAUCUGCACCUUCCAAAGGUUAUUUCAGUUUUUACUGAGGUUCUAUGUGCUGGAGACGAUGUUGUUACAGAAGAAACUGCAAAUCGCAUAAUUCAUCUGUUAAGGCAUUUCAAGGAAACAAUACUACCAGCCAUCUUGGCAUCGGCACGAGCAGGAGAUGGAAUUAGAAUCCAUUUUAUCACCUGA